AGAGCUGAUUGCAUAAUGCUUUUCAGCAGCUGACCAAUAAGUGUUGUCACUUAAUGACCGUUUGUCUAGUUGCUGUUUUGAAGUUCGUCCUCAGUGCAGGUCAACAGAGUAAGAACAGCUGCAGCAUGGCUGCCUUCCUUCAUCACUGCCCAUUUUUGAAGUCAGUUCCUAAGCCAGCUUUGAGGAGAACAGGAGCUGCUUUACUGUCUCUGGCCGAGCAAUGCCCCAUCAUCGCUCGCCAGGUCACUGUGAGCGGCCCAGGGUCUCUGGAAGCCAAGCUGGGUGACUCAGCCACCAAAUCAGAGUGUAACCAACUUCCCACAGUGGAUCAGAGAAGGCUGUUUGCUCAGACGGCUACUCAGGUGGCCGUGUCAGUAUCAAAGGAGUGCCCUUUUGUCAGCUCUCAGAUUGGGAUGGUCCGUGCCAGCCUUGAAGUACAGGAGGAUGUCAAAGAAGGACUGAUGACAUCACUGUUGGAGGGUUUAAAGGAUUCAAUCCUCCCAACAUCAGCUGAAAGCAACACCAUCACCCACCUCCUUAAAGACAACAUGGUCGGAUCCAGCUACGAAUAUGACCGCUUCUUCAUGGAGAAGAUAGCUGAGAAAAAGGAGGACCACACAUACAGAGUCUUUAAGACAGUGAACAGGAUUGCUGAGGUCUACCCUUUUGCAGAGGAUUACUCUGACACGGAGAGGGAGGGCACCCAGGUGUCUGUCUGGUGCAGCAACGACUAUCUGGGAAUGAGUUCACACCCGCGGGUCGUAUCUGCCAUCAGGGAUGCCCUGGACAAGCACGGUGCAGGGGCAGGUGGGACCAGGAACAUCUCAGGCACCAGUAACUUCCACGUGUCUCUGGAGAAGGAGUUGGCCCAGCUGCACCAGAAAGAUGGAGCUCUGGUCUUCUCCUCCUGCUUUGUGGCAAAUGACUCCACCCUCUUCACUUUGGCUAAGAUGCUGCCAGGGUGCGAGAUCUACUCUGAUGCAGGGAACCACGCAUCAAUGAUUCAGGGCAUCAGGAACAGCGGAGCCAAGCGUUUCAUCUUCCGCCACAAUGACAGCCAACACCUGGAGGAACUACUGCGACGCUCAGACCCAAAGACCCCCAAAAUUGUGGCAUUUGAGACUGUGCACUCAAUGGACGGUGCCAUAUGCCCUCUGGAAGAGCUGUGCGAUGUAGCUCACCAUUACGGAGCUCUGACAUUUGUUGAUGAAGUUCACGCUGUGGGCCUGUAUGGAGCCCAUGGAGCUGGAGUUGGAGAAAGGGACAGUAUAAUGCACAAGAUUGACAUUGUGUCUGGGACCUUAGGAAAAGCGUUUGGCUGUGUGGGAGGCUACAUUGCCAGCAGUGCUGCCCUGGUGGACACAGUGCGCUCCUAUGCAGCUGGCUUCAUCUUUACCACUGCCCUGCCCCCGAUGGUCCUGGCUGGAGCCCUGGAGUCUGUCCGGGUCCUGAAGAGCCACGAGGGGCAGGCUCUCCGCAGAGCCCACCAGCGGAACGUGAAACACAUGAGGCAGCUGCUCAUGGAUAAAGGCCUACCUGUGGUCAACUGCCCCAGCCACAUCAUCCCCAUACGGGUGGGCAAUGCUGAGCUGAACACAAAGGUGUGUGACACUUUGCUGGAGAGACACAACAUCUAUGUCCAGGCCAUCAACUACCCCACAGUGCCUCGUGGUGAGGAGCUGCUGCGCCUGGCUCCAUCUCCUCAUCACAAUCCUGCCAUGAUGGAGUACUUUGUGGAGAAACUGGUGGAGGUGUGGCAGGAGGCAGGACUCCUGCUCAACAGCCCCUCCACAGCUUCCUGCACCUUCUGUGAUCGCCCACUGCAUUUUGACCUCAUGAGUGAGUGGGAGAAAUCCUACUUCGGCAACAUGGAACCACAAUACAUUACUGUGUAUGCAUAAUACCAAAGUACACAUAGCUUCUUAACACAAGUUAUACAGACAGCAUAUGUAUACAUUUUAAUGCAGUAUUUGACAAUUUUAAAUAAUAAAGUCCUGCUUCACAUGCACUGAGAAGAGUACUAAUGUAGUGAUUUUGUCCUUGAUUUGUACAAGUACUUUGUACUUUUGUUUAAAUAUAUGUUAAAGUCAGUGGUAUGAACUAUACGCCAGUAUUUAGCUAUGAUUUGCUGUAUUUAUCCAUACUAAAUUGUAUCAUGGAUGUGAUUAAAGAAAACUGCCGCUUCCAUUUUAAAAACAUAAAACCUGCACAUCG